AUGAACCUGAAGGACCUGAACCUGAAGGACCUGAACCUGUCCACACCUGAACCUGAAGGACCUGAACACCCCGUACUCAUGGUUUUGUUCUGUUCGUCCUGCUGGUUCUCACAGACAGUGGCCAUGUUGGGAGGAACAGGAAGGUUUACUGGACGUUGCUGGUUUAAGCUCAAGCAGUGCCGCUCGCUCUCCUCCCCUCACCUCCCAGGACUUCAUUACCCAGCAGGCAGUGGGAGCAGGGAGUACAGGACAGGACAGGAGGCGGGACAGAUGAGCUUGGCGCAGAUCAACUCCAUCCUAAAGGCCAAUGAACACAGCCACACCCUCCCCAGGGGACCUGCCUCCCACGGUGUGCUGGGUUUCCAUAGCAACAUGUUGCCAUCCAACCACCCCAGUGAGGACCGUCGCAGCAGCGCCACCUGCCUGCCAGGUUGUGGUGGCAUGCUAUUCGGAGUAUUUGAUGGCCACGCAGGGCCGGCGUGUGCCCACACCGUCAGCCAGAGGCUCUUCUACUACAUUGCUGUGGCCACGCUGCCACUGAGGACACUAGCAGACAUCGAACGUGCAGUGGAAGAGGAACGGGCCGUACCACCACUGCUGGAGUGGCACAAACACCCACAGGACCACAGCUUCCCUAAUGGAGGAGCAACCUCCUUCCACAGCCUGCGGAACUACUGGCAGGAGCGUCUUGAGGACGAGGAGCAGGACGAGGAGGAUGGCAGAGUGACAUCAGCGCUAGUGAAUGCUUUCCGUCGUCUUGACUAUGACCUGUCUGUGGAAGCCCAGGUCCACCUGUCCAUGUCCUCAACCAGACGACUCUCUCUUCCUGGGGAGAUGAUGUCUCAGUCCUCCCCUCUCCGGGUGGCGCUGUCUGGCUGCACUGCCUGCAUCGCCCACAUCUCUAAUGGCAUCCUGCAUGUAGCUAACUUGGGCGACAGCAGGGCCGUCCUGGGUGUCCAGGAGCUGGAUGGGCAGUGGUCGGCUGUCAGCCUCACCAACGACCACAAUGCACAGAACCCCGAUGAGCUGCAAAGGAUCUUUGGAGAACACCCGCCGUCAGAGAGGAGGACAGUGGUCCGCCACGACCGCCUCCUGGGUCUGCUGCUGCCAUUCAGGGCGUUCGGAGACGUGCGCUUUAAAUGGAGUAAAGAAAUGCUGAAUCGAGUCCAUGAGACUCGACCGGACGUACUGUCUUUGGUCAGUGAGGGUGUCCGGACUCUGUCGCCAUAUUACCUGAGUCCACCCUAUCUGAGCGCCGAGCCAGAGGUCACCCGGCACGACAUCAGACCUUCUGACAAGUUCCUGGUCCUAGCAACUGAUGGAUUAUGGGAGUUGAUGCACCGACAGACCGUGGUGCAGUUGGUUGGGGAACAACUGACAGGCCUUCAGCAGCAGAGACCCAUAGUUCCGAGCAGAGGCAUGACACUAGGCGGACUGCAGCGCCUUCUGCUGGAGAGAAGGGGACAAGUUAUGUCUGUGCUGGAGGACCAGAAUGCUGCAACACACCUUCUCCGCCACGCUCUGGGGGAUGAUGGCUACGGAGCAGUGGCACCAAACCGUUUGGCCAAGAUGCUGAGUCUGCCAUCAGAGCUGGCACGAAGGUACCGUGAUGACAUCACCAUCACCGUCAUACACCUGAACGAGUCCGACCUAUGACCUCAACACCUGGGGACUGGCAGGAGUUCUACAGAAGGCGUCUGAUUGGUCCAGAUUCAUCGUGCAACAGGACGACGAACGCAGACACAUGGAGGAUUUGGUCUCCAUAGCAACAGAGCUGACAAUUCAUCAACAAGUUGAACCCACUGUAAACUGGUUGUAACGAGUUGUUCCAACAUGUGACGUGAAUGAGUUUGGUGGUUUCUCUGAUGAGCCUCCAUCUAUGAUCUGCAGCUCAGUCGAGCUGCUGUUGUUUAGACCACAUCCCCUCUCAGCCAAUCAGAGUGCAGUAUUCUCAGUGAGCAUGUUCAUGUAAGUUAAGACAAUAAGACUCAACAACUCUGAAUGACUUCAAAAUAAAAUUUAAUCAAUGUUUUUACAAAAUCAACUCUCAAUUAGAGAAAGAGUUAAAUAUCAAACUGACCAAUCAGCUGAACCGAUCUUCAUCUCCAUCAUCAACUGACCUCUCGCAGCUCACGGAGCUCAACCAUUAGACAAUACUCAGAGGGGGCGGGGCAGAGAACAACAAAAACAGACAGCAUCUUCAGGGGUGAAGUUGGAAGUAAAACUGACUCGUCUGUGUUGACUAAUAGGAGAGGGGGAUAUAAAAGUCCAGUGUCCAAUUAGAGCGCAGUACCGCUGGUGAGUCACCGUCGCGGUGGCGGGGCCAGCAGCUGUGUGGCAGCGAUGGACUCUGGGAAGAGGUUGUGGUAGGUGGGCAAGGGGACGUACGCCGCCGUGAUCAUCUUAC